GGUAUGGCCCGGCCGGGGCCGUCCUGGAGCCGGGCCGAUACACAGCAGGAGCGCGACGUGCGCGAGCUCGUCCGACGAGUCACGGGGCUCCAGGACAAGGCGGACCCCAACUUCCAGCUCGCCCUGAACUUCGUCUGGUCCAACUUCAGAUUUCACCGUUUCUUGGAUGUCAACAGCCACAAAGUAGAAAAAACAAUAAAAGGAAUUUAUGAAAAAUUUGUCAUUCAUUCUGAUCUAUGCAAAGCUGCUAGUUGGAAGAGAUUAACUGAGGAAUUUCUAAAUGCAUCUCUUCCCAGCAUAAAGGAAAUAAAGACAGAUGCACAUUAUUCUAUACUGUCGCUUCUUCUGUGUCUGUCUAAUUCUCCUUCAAACAGCAAUUAUGUGGAAACACCAAGAGAUAAAGAAGUGGAAAAGAAAGAUGAUUUUGACUGGGGAAAAUACUUGAUGGAAGGUGAAGAAAUGGAUCUUGGUCCAAAUGUGAACACACCAGAUUGGUCUGAAGAAAGUGAAGAUGAAGAUGAUCAACAGCCCUUAAGCAGAGAGGACUCUGGAAUUCAGGUAGACAGGACACCAUUAGAAGAACAAGAUCAAAACAGAAAACUGGGUACUUGUGUCAGCUGGAAAGGAGGUGAGCCAGAUGACCGAAGCUGGCUGGAGCAGCAUAUAGUCCAUCAGUACUGGACAGCUAGGCCAUCACGGUUUCCUCAUAGUUUACAUUUGCACUCCAAUUUAGCUGCUGUCUGGGACCAACACUUGUACAGCAGUGAUCCAUUGUAUGUUCCAGAUGACAGGGUUUUUGUUACUGAGACGCAGGUUAUUCGGGAAACUCUGUGGUUACUUUCGGGGGUGAAAAAGCUUUUUAUAUUUCAGGUGAUAGAUGGGAAGGUAACUGUGAGAAACAAUAUUAUAGUAACUCAUUUGACACACAGCUGUUUACGGUCUGUUCUGGAGCAAAUAGCAGCAUAUGGCCAGGUUGUGUUUCGCCUCCAGGAGUUCAUAGAGGAGGUCAUGGGACACAGCUCCAAAAGCACACUGCCUGGAGAUGGCUCCCUGCCAGGCAAGUCGGCCGGAGCUCCCUUCAGAACCUACCAGGCCUUCAUGUGGGCCCUGUACAAGUAUUUCAUUGGUUUCAAAGAGGAGCUUACAGAGAUGGAGAAGGACAUCAUCAGUAACGAUACUACAAUAACUCUCGCAGUAGUGGUGGACAAGUUGUCACCUCGAUUGGCUCAACUCAAGGUCCUGCACAAAGUGUUUGGUACUGGAGUGGCAGAAGUUCCACCCGACACUCGAAAUGUUGUCCGGGCAUCUCACCUGCUCAACACCCUAUACAAGGCCAUUCUGGAAUACGACAAUGUUGGAGAAGCCUCUGAGCAAACCGUCUCGCUCCUGUUCUCUCUCUGGGUGGAAACAGUACGGCCAUACCUGCAGACAGUGGAUGAGUGGAUUGUGCAUGGACACCUGUGGGAUGGCGCCAAGGAGUUUAUCAUCCAGAGAAACAAAAAUGUUCCGGUAAAUCACAGAGACUUCUGGUAUGCAACUUACACAUUAUAUAGUGUAUCAGAAAAGACAGAAAAUGAAGAAAAAAUGAGUGAUAAUGCUAGUGCAAGUUCUGGCAGUGACCAGGGGCCCUCCAGCAGGCAGCACACCAUGGUGUCCUUCCUCAAACCUGUCCUGAAGCAGAUCAUCAUGGCUGGCAAGUCAAUGCAGCUGCUGAAGAACCUGCAGUGUACAGAGCACACCACGUGCCAGGCAGUGGCAAGAGAUGCAGAAAGGAAAAGUUUAUACACUCUUUUUCUGGAAUCUGUACAGUCCCGUCUUCGACAUGGUGAAGAUUUCACUCCACAGGUUCUUACUGAGCAGCAGGCAACCAAAGAGAAUGUUAUUAAGAUGCAGUCCAUCGCUGAAGGGCACUUCGAACUGGAUGAUGUUCACGAUCCCCUGCUUGCCAUUAACUUUGCAAGGUUAUAUUUGGAACAGAGUGAUUUUCAUGAGAAAUUUGCUGGUGGUGAUGUAUGCGUGGAUAGAUCAUCGGAAUCUGUGACAUGCCAGACUUUUGAAUUAACACUGAGGUCGUGCCUCUAUCCUCAUAUUGAUAAGCAGUAUCUAGAUUGCUGUGGAAAUCUUAUGCAGACUCUAAAAAAAGAUUACAGGUUGGUAGAGUACUUGCAGGCCAUGAGGAAUUUUUUCUUAAUGGAAGGUGGAGAUACCAUGUAUGACUUCUACACAUCAAUUUUUGAUAAAAUAAGAGAAAAAGAAACCUGGCAGAAUGUGUCUUUUCUUAAUGUCCAGCUACAGGAAGCAGUAGGACAGCGUUAUCCUGAAGAUAGUUCACGUCUGUCUAUAUCAUUUGAAAAUGUUGACACAGCUAAGAAGAAACUACCUGUUCAUAUCUUAGAUGGUCUGACCCUGAGCUACAAGGUCCCAUGGCCUGUAGAUAUAGUUAUAAGUUUGGAAUGUCAAAAAAUUUAUAAUCAAGUGUUCCUUCUCUUACUGCAAAUAAAGUGGGCAAAAUAUAGUCUGGAUGUUUUACUGUUUGGUGAGCUGGUUAGUACUGCUGGAAAACCUCAGUCUAAAGAAGGCCUCCUGCAUGAACAAGGCACAGUUGCUCAGUUUGAACCACAGAAGGAACCAGUGAGACAGCAGAUCCAUCGUAUGUUCCUCUUGAGAGUGAAGCUCAUGCAUUUUGUGAACAGCUUGCACAACUACAUCAUGACCAGGAUUCUACACAGUACAGGGCUGGAAUUUCAACAUCAAGUUGAGGAAGCCAAAGAUUUGGACCAGUUAAUUAAAAUUCACUAUAGGUAUUUGUCAACCAUCCAUGAUCGAUGUCUGCUGAGAGAAAAGGUCAGCUUUGUGAAAGAAGCUAUCAUGAAGGUGUUGAACUUGGCCCUCAUGUUUGCAGAUGGUUGGCAGGCGGGCUUGGGGGCUUGGCGAAUGGAAUCUAUAGAGAAAAUGGAGUCUGAUUUUAAAAACUGCCAUAUGUUUCUUGUAACUAUUUUAAACAAAGCCGUCUGUAGAGGAUCCUUUCCCCAUUUGGAAUCUCUAGCAUUGUCACUCAUGGCUGGCAUGGAACAAAGUUAAAUAUGUUUCUUUUUUUCAUGAAACUUCCCACAUCAACACAGACUUCAUCUUGAUACAUGUACAUGUCCACCAUAUGCAGCCGAAAAAUGGACAUCUUUUUACUUUGUUUUAUUUUUAAAACUUGUCCAUAUUCUAGACAGUGGAUGAUAGAUGCAUUUUCUAGGGAUUCUUGGGUGGUUGUGUAUAUUAAAUUGUGUAAAUAAUGCAAAGUGUACAUAGGCUAUUUACUCUUAUAUUUCCUACCGUAUGAUACAGAUGUGUGGUAUUGAUACCUUUAAAUGUAAUUUAUAUCAUUUUGAAAAUGUAAUUAUUGAUAUUAAAAAUAAAUAAAGGCACUUAAAAUUC